AUGGAGUGCAUAUAUGAUCGAGUCGUUGCUAUAUACAGUCGAACAUAUCAGGGCCAAUUGGUUCGCUGUUUUGGCACGUAUGCUACCCUGCUGGAAGAGAAAUGGCAUACGAUUCAACCGAGUUUGGGUCUCCAUGCACCGAAGUCAUAUCGUUUAGUAUCUGGAAUUCAAUUUGAUUACCCCGAGUUACAAUCAAAUGUUGUUCGUGCCCAUGAAGCUCCAUUGCCUCGAGGAUCUCGGGUGAUUGGGGUGAUCUUGCUUUCCGAAGAACCUGCACCCGCUACGACAAACUUCGAUGAGUACUUCUGUCGUAUCCUGAUUCACCAUUUGACAGAACCCUUCUUGUUACAUGAGACUUCUCAAUCUACCGAUAAUAGUUCUGUUGCAGAAAGAUUGGUCGACCUUUGCAACACGGAGCUCUUGGUACAUCCGUCUGAUUCCCUAUUCGAAACCACGGGUAGAAACUACCUCAUACAAAAGAUUUCCUUAUUUACAUCUCGAGGACUGCCAAUUCGAAUGUGUUUACCUGCUUUUCCUUGCAAGUCUUCGAAUUUGGAAAAGGUUGCUGGAGUACUACCCGAUCGCGGCGAAGAGUUAGCUCUUCGACGGCUAUACUCUGUUCUGCGCCAAAUAAAGUCAAUCUAUGAUCCUGGCGCCAAAUUGUGUAUUAUAAGUGAUGGGCACGUUUUUAGUGAUUGUAUUGGAGUGGACGAUGAUCAGGUAGAUGAGUACGGAGAUAAAUUGCUUGAACUCAACCAAAUGAUAGGCGCGCAAAUGGGACAGACCGGCCAGAUAAUUUUCAAGUCCCUAAAAGAUAUCUUAAAUCCUUCACCCAAAGAAAUUCUAGGAGAAUCAAAAGCCCGUCAAAUAACUUUCCCCGCGCUCAACCACUACCUCGACACCACAAUCUCUCCCGAAACAGAGUUCUGCCGCCAGGCGAUGACUCUGGGAUGCCAGCCUAAUCGAGAAUUUUUGAGAUCCCAAAUCCAAAGCCAAGACCAAGCAAUCCUGUCGUUAUAUCGCGGGUUCUCACGAUUUAUGCUCGAAGACCUCGCCCAGCACCCACGGUCCCAAACAAUGUCGAAAAGCCAAAGAAAGAAGACGGCGGAAAAGUCUUCUUUCGAGAUGAUACUACGCAACCAAGCCUACUCAAAUCUCGUGGAACUAUGUUUCCCCGACUACGUACGCUUAUCAAUUCAUGCGCACAUCAAUUCAGGACCAAAAUUCGGAAUUAUGUUGUUUGAACGAGCCAAGACAAGAGUUAUUGAUGACUUGCAUGAUCUUGAAAGUAUUGCGAAGCCGUCGCAUGAUCUUUUACAUAUUCCUACUCCAUGGCAUAAUUGUGUGUUUCAAAUGACAGGAAGUGAUAUUAUGUAUGUCACUAAGUCUAAGGUUGUACGGGGUGCUUUAGAUUCCGCUACUGUACGCGGCUGCUGGACGCAAGAGAGCCUUUCCAAUGGACUGGGUGGAUACUUCCAAAUUGAGGGUCCGGGUGGUGUUGAAAAGGAUGCUGUUGCAUCUGUAUUAAAGCCUGUCGCUGGCUCAUCUGUCUCUGAAAAGGACUUAGAAAGUCAGAAAAGUAUCCAGAAGAGCAAAGAAGGGGGUAGGAGCUGUGUUACUGGGAUAUUUGGAGGAAUCAAGAGACUGGCACAGGUUUUCAAGUCUCCGAGUCAGUUGUAUCCAAAAUCUGAGAAUGAGAAGGCCCUGGAGUGCUAG